AUGAGCUUGCUACGUUCGCCUACGCAAACCAGCGAGGGUCGCAGUAGGACUGGCUCUGAACCUGACCUAUCGCGGCAAGACAGCGAAUCGCUCGGCGUGACACUAAGGAAACGAAAAAGACCAGAAUUAGACAACCAAUUUAAGACUGAGUUUGCGGAAUUUCGUAAAGAGAUUAUGAAUUUUCUGACGGAUUUUAGCGCAUCGCAGAAGGAAGACUUUAGAAUUAUGAAAGAGGACAUUAGUCAAAUAAAAAAUCAAGCCACGGCGAUGAACACAACCGUCGAAAAACUCGUGCAUGAAAAUUGCGAGAUGAAAAAGGACAUUUCAGACCUAAAGGAGUCCCUUAACUUCCAUUCAGCCGAACAGGGAGCGCUUAAAUCGCGCCUUGACUCAACAGUCACCACCAUCGGCAAGUUUAAAUCGCUGGAACAGAACUUCUACAAGCUUGAACAGGAGCAUCACCACCUACAGAGCGAACACAACCUUUUGCAACAAAGGGAGCGGCUCCUUAACCUGGAAAUAGCAGGGAUUAUGGAAAAGGCAGGUGAGAACGCAAGGUCUUAUAUGAUCGGAAUCGCCAAGUGCGCGAACAUCGAUUUGACCGAUGAUGAUAUAGUUGCCGCUCACCGAGUCCAGCCAAAAGUACAAGUACCUGGCAGACCUAAAAACAUUAUUGUCCAGCUGAAAUCCUUAACAUUGAAAGACAGCAUCAUAUCUGCAAUCCGCCGGAGGAAGGGUAUUACAUCAAUUGAAAUAGGAAUCCAGGGUGAAUCACGCAACAUUUAUGUCAAUGAACAUCUGAUACCCGCCUUAAAGAUUCUCCUUAAACAGACAAGAGACACGGCAAAGUCUGCUGGUUACAAAUCAGUAUGGGUUCGCAACUGCAAAAUAUUUGCACGGAAGGAUGAUACAUCCCCAAAAAUCCGUAUAAGGGGGAUUGAAGACUUGAAGAAAUUAAAAUGA